AUGAAAGUGUUUUCCAUUGCCUGUGUGUGCCUCUUGGCGGCCAGCUGUGCCUGGGCCGCGCCCGGUGUGCAAGAUAGCCGCGUCGAAAGUGAUAACACGCUCGGUCGGGCCGCCCGCUACUUGGGCGCCUGCUUUGAGAGCGAUGACAUGGCCACCUGUUUGGCGGUCAAGGGCAUUACCGCAUUGAAUCGCGCCGCCAGGAGCAACAACAUUGAGCUCAUCAAUGGCGUCACCUUCCAAAGAGAUCCCGCCAGCCCCGUGCAGCGCAGCGGCAAGUCCCUCAGCGAGCAGGACAUCUACGCGGAGCUGCCACAGAAUAAUGAGGAGCGCAACAGCCGUUUGGUGGAUCUGGCCAUAAGCAGCGCCAGCGAUUUCCUGAGCAGCCACAACUUGGAAUUCAAAUUGCCCGCCGAGACCACACAGCAGGUGGCACGUGCUUUGGAUGAAGGCCGCGGCAAGAUCAAGAAGAUGAUUGGACCCAUCGCUCUGGCCAUUGGCGCCAAGCUGUUCGCCGUCAUACCGCUGGUGCUCGGCUUCUUGGCUCUGUUGACCUUCAAGGCUGUGGUCGUGGCCAAGAUUGCCUUCUUCCUGGCCAUACUUGUUGGCGGCUCGCGUCUGCUGAGCGGCUUUGGCAACAAGUUCGGCGGCGCCGGCAUCGGCAGCUCUUAUGGCGGCUACAACUCGAAUGCCUGGUCUGCGCCCGCUAGCGCCGGCUGGAGCUCGGGCUCCUCCUCGGCGUAUCCCUAUGCGCGCAGCAUCACCGCCGACAAUGUCCAGGAGCUGGCCUAUGCCGGCCAGCAGCCAGAGGAGCAGCAGCAGCAGGAGCAGCAGUAA